UCGCAGACGCAGCUACUCUUAGUAAGCAGUUGAAGACUGUCCGUCUUCGGGAAAGCACGGAAACCUGAAGGUUUCUAGCCAACUUAUCACGGAUACCCGCUAAUUUCUGAUCUCACACAGCGCCGACGGGAUAUUAAAACAUGGUGGUGGUAGCAGCGGGUGCCGGGAGCGCCCACAAAGUGCUCCUGAUAUCGGGGAAGCAGACCGGCUCCUCUACCGGCUCACAGACGGCCUUCAGCCGGCCCAUCUCUGUCGUUUUACCGUCAACGGCCAACCAGGUGUCGUCGGACUCAGACUCCAACACUUCUGCGGGGCCGCCGGUGCGAAAAAGACAGAGGCUCACACACUUGAGUCCGGAAGAGAAAGCACUUCGCAGGAAACUCAAGAACAGAGUGGCAGCUCAGACAGCCAGAGACAGGAAAAAGGCCAAAAUGGGAGAGCUGGAACAACAAGUUCUAGAACUGGAGCUGGAGAAUCAGAAACUUCACAUUGAAAACAGGCUGCUUCGGGAAAAAACGAGUGGCCUCCUGACAGAAAAUGAGGAACUGAGACAGAGACUUGGGUUGGACACCCUCGACUCAAAAGAAAAGGUUCAGGUUCUGUUGUCCACCGGGAACGACGCAGGUUUAGGGGUCGGGUCUUCUGAGUCCGCAGUACUCAGGCUAUGUGUGUCCGCAGCAGGUGCAGGCCCAGCAGUCCCUAAAUCUGAAGACUUCUCAAUGGAUACAGAUAGUCCUGACUCUACAGACAAUGAGUCUGAUUUGCUACUGGGCAUUCUGGACAUCCUUGACCCAGAGCUGUUCCUCAAGUCUUGUGAACAGGAGUGCGAGGAGCCGCAGGUGUUGCUGGUCGGAGGGGGGGACCCAGUACCUGCCGCCACACCUGCACCUCUGGGGGCCCCAUCAGUUAAGCUGGAGGCCCUUAAUGAACUGAUCCACUUUGACCACAUCUACACGAAGCCCGUGGAGGAGGUGAGCGGUGGGCAGAGCAGUGACGUGGAGAGCGACGAAGAUGAGAAGAUCGACGAGGCUUCCUUCCCCAUUACUGAGGUAGUGGUUGAAGAGGAGACCGUCUGUAUCAAAGACGAACCGGAGGAAGUGGUCAUCCCCACCUGUGAUGGUCACAGUCAGGUGGAUGACUUUUUCUCUGGAGGCUCCUCGGCUGCCCUCAGCAGCCUGGAGAAGGAAGCCUGCCUUGCGGACACCUACAGCGACUCCGGAUAUGAAGGGUCCCCUUCCCCUUUCAGCGACAUGUCCUCUCCCCUGUGCUCAGAAAGCGCCUGGGAUGACGUGUUCGCUAAUGAACUCUUCCCCCAGCUUAUCAGUGUCUGAAUUCAGCCCAAUAAGUUCUAAUAUAUAAUGUGUAUAUACUCACAAGUAAAAGCUAAUGUGUAGCUUCAUUAACUAAGGAUAAGCACCCAUAGCUUUACAGUAACAUCUGAACCGGCUCGUAUGUGGGCUAAAGUUAAGCACGUGAUCUCCUUUUAUUACAGCAGGUCUGUACCACUGGUGAUGCUGAUAGAUGGAGUUCAUGAUGGCUUAUUUUUAGCAAGACUUAAUUAUACAAAGGAUCUAAGAUUGCUAACAAAUCUUUCACUUGCUGUUCACAAUGAAAUGUGGGUGGAAUGUUCAGUAUUUCUGUAAAUCUAUAAAGGGGGGGGAAAGGGGACUGAUCAUUUAAAUAUUAGUUUAUUUAUUUGUGUAUUCUGCUUCGGAGUUGUAUGUCCGCAUGUACAAAAUCUUCUAAUUUUUGACCGCUCUCCUUGUAGUCUAAUUACUGCAUUAAAAAAAUUUUUGCAUCGCA